GAUCUCUGCGUGAGUGUCAUUUGUGCCUUACUCGGAAAGAUACAUCGGCUUUAUUCUAAACGAAGCUGAAAGCAUUCAACGGUAUCAGAUUUUAUAAUCAACGAAGCAGGAUCACUGUUGGACAUUGUAAGGAAAUCAAGUUGCAGGCGGCAGAGGAGUCGCGCAAAGGAUACCGCAGCCUGGCCGUUUCAUCCUUUGACAACAUGACGGACAACGCCGGAGCUGAAUAUGAAAUUGACGUGGAAACGCUGGAGGCAGAGGGCGAGGAUCACGCCGGAUUCACCACUUUGUCAAGCGCCGGGGAGGACGACGUCGUCUCCAAAGACGAUGAAAAAUUAGGCCGUGCGAAUCAGGGUGCCGGGGACCAGAGGAAGCUCAGCAGGACACCGAAGUGCGCUCGCUGCAGGAACCACGGAGUGGUGUCAUGCCUGAAGGGCCACAAGCGCUUCUGUCGGUGGCGGGACUGUCAGUGCGCGAAUUGCCUGCUCGUGGUGGAACGGCAGCGCGUGAUGGCAGCUCAGGUGGCGCUCCGGCGACAGCAGGCGACAGAGGAUAAAAAGGGUAUCACGGGGAAACAGAUCCCAGCAGAGAGACGCACUAUUUAUCAAAGACACAUCCGGCCAUCGACUAUGCUGGCUAAAAGUAUUCUUGAAGGCUACAGGCCAGUCCAGUCUGACCCCUUCCUGGGCGGCGGGCCCUCCCUGCCCCCUCCGCUGAGCGACCGCAUGCGUAAGCGCCGGGCCUUCGCCGACAAGGAGCUGGAGAGCAUCAUGCUGGAGCGCGAGUACAAGGAGCGCGAGCUGCUGGAGACGGGACAGGCCGCCUCGGCCGCCGCCGCCGCCGCCUCCCUCUUCCUGCCCGGCGGCAUGGUGCACGCCGCGGAGUACAACUCCUACAAGACGGCCUUCUCCUCGGCCGCCGCCGCCGCCGCUGCAGCCGCCGAGUCCACGGCUCACCUCCCGCACCCUCCGCCCACCCCCAAGGACCUGUGCGGCUUCCUGCCCGGCUGCCUGGACUUGUCGUCGGUGCAGUACGCCGCCGGCCCCGCCAACGUGGAGCUCAUCUCCUCCAACGUGAGCGUGGCCACCACCUACCGCCAGUACCCGCUCACGCCCCACUUCCUGGUGUGGCCCCGGGCAGGAGCCGGGGGAGGAGGAGGCGGCGGGGGUGUGGGUGGUGGUGGCGGUGGUGGUGGCAUCGCUGGGGGUGUCGGUAGCGUCGGGGACACUCUCCUCUACCAGCAGUGCCUCCUGAACGCCACCGCCGUGCAGAACCUCAAGCCGGGCGCCGUGUGGGACCCCAAGAUGAUGUCGUCGUCCGAGAGCCACUCGCCCGAGCAGGACGCCGUGGCAUCCAAGCUGGAGGGGUCGCGGGCGGCCUCGGAACUGGGAGACGGUCACCCAGGAUCAGGAGCAGGAUCAGGAGGAGAGAGCGGAGAUGCCGCCCCCCAGCCCAACCUCACCCAGGGAGUCCACAGGGAGUGCUCGGCCUUCUCGCCCCCCAAGAGAGCCUACGGACAGGUCUACCCAGGCACGUCACCCCCACCAGCAUCCCAACACCACCCACAGCACCACCACCGCCACCACCCACACCCACACCACCACCACCACCAGCACCAUCACCACCACAACCCCCACGAGCACGUCCUCAACAAACUGAGCAAGCACAGUGCCAAGCAUGUCCUCUCCAUGAAGCUCAGCCCCUUCCACUCGCUCAUCCAGCAGACGCUGAGCGAGAAAGCCAGCGGAGGUGGCGGCGGUGGGGGUGGCGGAGAGCUCCGGGGUCCCUGCUGCAAGGACCUCCUGGAGGAGGCCGCACGCAAGUACCGCGAGAACGCCACCGCCGCCCUCGCCAUCACCGCCGCCGCUGCAGCCGCAGCCGCAGCUCAGGACGAGCACGCCGCCUUCAAAGCACACGAGAGACUCAUGUCUAAAGACUUCAUGGCCAAGCCAAUAGGCACCACCAAGGUGUCGUCCAGCGAGUCGUUGUCCUUUUCCGUGGAGGCCAUUCUGAAAAGGCCUUCGCCAGCACUUAACAGAACAUCGCAUUGAGGGCUCACUUAAAGAGGACGUGAAAAGUUGUUGUUGUCCGCAUCACUUGAUGGUUGCUUUCGUGUUUGACCUAUCUAGUAACUAUGCAACAUAGUCCAGAGACUUAUUUUGCUGUGGGAUUUGUGACUGCUUUAUGCCCGUAGAUGCUGCAGCUCUUGUAGAACUUGUGUAAAUAUUUUGAAAAAACAUAAAAAACUUAUGCUAUGGCAAUAUGUGCAUGUUGCCCAUCACUGUAACAUUUAGAGUAUUUAAAUGUAUUCACAAUGUCAA